UGAUGAUGAGAGAGAGGUUAGAGAUAUAAGCGAUCCGCUACACUCUGCUUUGUGUCGUCUUCUUGUCUUCAUUAUAGUUUCGGAACAGCCAACUUCAGCCAUGUCUGUCAACUCUACUAUGGAGGACAAUCCACCUCAGAAUGAGCACUUGGUUGGUACUCCAGCCACGACUUAUUUGAUUUCUCAGGGUGGCCAGUAUUACCCCCUCUACAACAACAAUACCUCGGGCUAUCAGGCCCAGGCCCAAGCUAGACCAUGUUGUCAUGGAGCCUUAGAGCGAGCACCAAAUACGGCAAAGUAUGACGAUAUGAACUUGUACUCUCUCAAGCCAAAUGUAAAGGUUGAUUUUGAGGAGACCUUUCAAGAGCCACUUGGUUCAGAAAAUGUGAGUGUUGUCUGGAAUUACAACAAGGUCAUCUUCAAUUGGACAUCGAGGGGAUUUUACAUCUUCCUCUCCGCACUCCUUGGUCCCAUCUUGGGCAUUGCUUGGGGUUUGGUCUUCGCCAUCAUGAACUUCAUCCUGGUCUGGUUGGUCAAUCCCGCUCUUAAGGUCAUCCUACAGGCUUGUAGGAUCGUGGAGGUACUCGCUAGGGGUGUGCUCCGGUCCUCUCUGGACCCCCUCUUCCAGUCCAUCGGUCAGACGUUCACUUCUGUUCGAGGGAAUUUCACUUUGACUGUCCCAGGCUUGGAUGGACCCGGCUUGAAGAAGGAGAGCGACAAGUUGAAACUGCCCACCUUGUCCCAUUCACAUAUUUAAAUGACUUCCUCCAAAUAUGGUUAAAGCCACGAGCUAUAAUAAAUUAUUAAAUAAU